AUGCCCGCCCAGAACCAAGUAGAAGUUGAAACGCUAGCGCAGUUCCGGAAAGAAGUCUUCGAAGAGGGCAUCAUUGCUGAAGGUGACACACUUGGGACUGACGAUGAGACUUUCAUUCGAUUUCUCCGGGCCCGUAAAUUCAAUGUUAAGCUUGCCAAGAAGAUGCUGCAGGAUUGUCAGCAGUGGCGCAAGACCGUAGAGGGGGUAGGUAUAGAUGAGCUAUAUAGGAGAAUAGACCCUUUUGAUUAUCACGAACGUAGAGCCGUGUUUGAUUGCUGGCCGAUGUGGUUUCAUAAGAAAGGCCGCCCAAUAAACGUACACUUCUUCGGCGGAAUGGAUCUAAAUAAACUCUACAAGGAAUGCACACCGGAGAAGCACUGGCAAACAGUUCUCGUCAACGCAGAGUCACUUACCCGAGAGAUCCUACCAGCCGCCUCCAAGUCCGCCGGACGUACCAUCGGUAGCGUCUUGGUAAUUGUCGACCUCCAGGGAUUUGGAUUGAGCCAGUUCUGGCAGAUGAAGAGUCUAGCCCAGCAAUCGUUCCAAGUCUCCCAGGAUUACUACCCCGAAACCAUGGGACAGCUCGCCGUCGUCAACGCCCCCUCCUCCUUCACCUUUAUCUGGGGCAUAAUCAAACCCUGGUUAUCACAGGAGACGGUCGACAAAGUACAGAUCCUCGGCGCCGACUACAGAGAGGAGCUUUUGCGGCUUGUAGACGAAGAGGCAUUACCAACUGUUCUUGGUGGCAAGUGUACAUGCGCGGAUGAGGUAGACGGGGCUGAUGGGGAGAAGAGCGCCUGUCAUCUGAGUGGGGCGGGGCCGUGGCUAGACGACCGCGUUGGCUGGGGUCCUAAUGCGCAGAGCGCGGGGAGCAUACGAACCAGCUCCAGCGGUGGAUCAGCGUAUGAAGACGCACAGUAG